AUGCGAACACUCACAGUUGGUGGUGGUUCCGCGCCAGGUGCAUUUGUGGUGCACUUGGUGACACUACUGACAUCUGCCUGCUGUCACAUCUUCGGCGGCCACCGGUCUCCAGAAGUGAGAGGGUUCAGUCUGAGGCUGGACCUGUUCGGUAUCUUCAUCGGAGUUCACGGCUUCCAGUUCAUCAUUCUCUACUACGGGAUUUGUGACGAUUGGUACUUUUACAUGCAUCAUUUUGUGGCUUGGUCGCUGUUCCUGCUCAACGUGGCCGUCGAGUUCAAGGACGACGAGGUCGGCCAGACACAAGACGCCGCCGUGCUGAAAAGACGCAUCACGCUAACAGCUUUGCAGUGGGGCUAUGGUGCCGUGCCAAUAUUACAUGCCAUUUGUAGCAACGGAGGCUUCUGGCACCCUACCGGACAGUACUUCUGUCAGCGGUUCCUGGGAGUGGUGUUUUACUCCCUGGCCUGUCUGGUGUCAUAUACAUCCCAACUGCCGGAAAGACUGGCCCCAGGCUGGUUUGACUAUGUGGGCCAGAGUCACCACUGGUGGCACAUGAUGGUGCUGUGCGGGAUCAUCAACUUCAACAACUCGGCGCUGGACUUCAUACAGCUCCGACAGAAGGUCCCGUGUUCUUAA